UGCUUGACAAUGACGAGGAGCGAGAGCGAACCGUGUGUGUAUAUAUGGAUAUAGAUAUAUAUAUAUAUAUAUGUACAUGUAUGUAUAGCGGAGCUUCGCAAUUAUAAAGAAUGAAUAAUGAUUCAUCAUGCUGAGGGUUUCGUGGUAAACUUGUUCACACCCAUUGCCAAGAACUAAUCGAUUCGAUUUAUUUGUCGGGAGCUGCGAAGUCGGGGCCUGAUCGAUUGUAUCGUUUGUGGGUUUGCAGGGAUUGGGGGCGUCUCUGCAGAUUCUAGGGUGGGUCGGCUGUAAUUAGGGUUUAUUCGUAGAACUUUUGGUGGUCUGUGGAAAAUUGGCUGUUUUUGCUGAUUUGCUAAGUGGAUCUGAGAUAUUUGGCGUUUCGCUGGGGAUUCAAGUUUAAACGUAGGAUUUUUUCUGAGAAAUUGGGGGUUUAUCAGUGCUGAGGUUUGGAAUUUACCUUCUACUUGGCGGAGGGCGUAUCUGGGAGGAAGUGAAUUACUUGUAGUGUUCAUCGUUGAAUUGGUUACUUACAUGACGAUUUGACAUUAUCUCAGAGCUAUGCUCGACAAUUUUAAGGCUUUGGCCUUGAAACUUUCUUGUCUGAGCAGGGCGGUGUUGGUUGCCAGACUCUGCUGAUAUUGUUUUGUGGGUGUGGGAAUCCAUUAUUUUCUAGGGGACAUAAUGAGUUCGAAUGUUUCUGGAACUGUGGUCCAGAGGGGCAAACUUCUGGUUCAUAUUGCGGAGAAUGGGCACUCAUUUGAGCUGGAGUGUGAUGAAUAUACUCUUGUUAAGGAUGUCCAGCAGUUCAUACAAUCCGCAUAUGGGAUUCCCUUAAAUGAUCAACUGCUUCUGUGCUUGGAAACGAAGCUUCAAUCGCAGCAGCCUCUUUCGGCCUAUAAAUUACCAUCUGAUGACCAGGAGGUGUUUUUGUUCAAUAAGGCCAGAAUGCGAUGUAGUUCAAUGCCUCCUGCGCCAGAGGAAGUUGAAAUCAUUGACAUACCCGACCCUCCAUCACCAUCCUCCUCCCACAACCCUCACCAGCUGGAUGAUGCUUCGGACCCUGCGCUUAAGGCAUUGCCGUCAUAUGAGAGGGAAUUCAGGUACCACUAUCAGUGUGGGGAUGCGAUUUACAGCCGCACACAAGCAAAGCUUGAGAUUUGUGAGAGACUCUUGAGGGAGCAGAAGGUGCAAGAGAGGGCUUUGGAGAUUGCUUGGGGAAAUCUGGACCAUUUCUAUAGGGUUCUUCACCAAAAUUACAUGGAUUUCAUUAAAUGUUAUACACAGCAGUAUCGCAGCCAUUCGAAUCUUCUGUCAAAUUUUGUCAGAGACGUGGAGAAAUUGAGAUCUUGCAAACUUCACCCUGCUUUACAAACAGAUACUCGCAAAUGCUUACUUGAUUUUGUGAGGGAAGAGAACUUGAGAAAGGCGAAAGAGGAAUGUAGCACCUCACACAGGCAAUUUGAGCAUAAGGUUUCAGAAUUUAAACAGGAAUUUGCAGAACUAAAGCGCAGCGCUGAACAUUUGUUUACUAGCAAAACUUCAUUCCUUAUAAGGGAUUUGGAAGUUACAAUUAAGAAGCACCAGCGUUAUGUUAGUGAACAGAAAAGUAUAAUGCAAGCUUUGAGCAAGGACGUAAAUACAGUGAAGAAACUUGUGGAUGACUGUGUGACCAGCCAAUUGUCUUCUUCCCUCCGUCCUCAUGAUGCAGUUUCAGCCUUGGGUCCAAUGUAUGAUGGCCAUGACAAAAGCUACCUCCCUAAGAUGCAUGAUUGCGACCGUGCGAUUUCCAUUCUGCUUGAUUUCUGCAAGGAUAAAAAGGAAGAAAUGAACAGCUUUGUGCAUAAUUACAUGCAGAACAUUGCAUAUAUUCAAUAUGCUAUAAAAGGCAUACGGUACAAGUUUUCUGUUUUCUCAGAAGCGAUGAAGCAUCAAAAUAAUCAAUUUGAACUUUUGAAGGUUGUUCGUGGGAUAGGCCCUGCCUACAGAGCUUGCCUUGCAGAAAUAGUGAGGAGAAAGGCUUCAAUGAAACUUUACAUGGGUAUGGCUGGUCAAUUGGCUGAAAAGCUUGCGAUAAAGAGGGAGACUGAAGUCAGGGUACGGGAGGAGUUUCUGAAAAUACAUGGUUCAUUUAUUCCUAGGGAUAUUUUAGCCUCCAUGGGACUAUAUGACACUCCUAGCCAAUGUGAUGUUAAUAUAACUCCUUUUGACACUAAUUUGCUAGACAUAGAUAUGUCGGAUUUAGACUGUUAUGCUCCUGAAUAUUUAUUAGGGCUUUCAUUGAAGCAUGAAAAGCAUGGUAGUUUAAAGGGAUCAUUUUCCAUGUCAAACAAUAGUUCUCUUUCAGCUGAAGUUGAAGAGAAUGCUGUUGACUUCCCUGAGAAAUAUGAUUCAGAGGAGCAAAUAGAUGGUUCUGACUUGGUAGAGAUUGCUGGAACUAGCAAGUUGGAAGUUGAAAAUGCAAAACUCAAAGCUGAACUUGCUUCUGCAGUAGCUCGCCUUUGUUCUUUCAGCACUGAGAUUGAGUAUGAAUCACUUGAUGACAGUAAAGUUGAUAGUUUGUUGAAAAAUGCAGCAGAAAAGACAGCUGAAGCCUUGCACCUGAAGGAUGAGUAUGAGAAACACCUCCAAUCAAUGCUAAAGGUUAAGCAAAUGCAGUGCGAGUCCUAUGAGAAUCGGAUUCAGGAAUUAGAGCAGAGGUUGUCUGACCAAUAUAAGCAAGGAAAUAGGCUUCAGAUUGAUAAGACAUUAUUGAACUUUGCCCUUUCAACUUCAAAGGCUGGUGAUAGCAAAUCAGAAGUUUCAGCUGAUGCUGAAGCCAAUAUGCCUUGUGUCAGUGAACCCAUGGAUGAGGUUUCUUGUGCCUCUAAUUCGUUACAUGUCAAAUUAGGAAAUUUUGCUAAACAGUCAGGCAAACCUUCAGAAGGGUUGGAUGAGAACAUGACAGAUUCCUCUUCAAUGCUAAAUCCUCAGUUAGAUUUAUCAAUGCUUGAAGUACCUCGUGAUGAGGUGCGGGCCAAUGUCAAAGAUGAGAAAGAUAAUUUGACUGCAGAGUUGGGUAUGGGAACCAGUUGCACUGCUGAGAGCAUGUCUGAGCCAAUAAAUAAUUUACCUGAUGAAAUGACAGCUGAACAGGCUUCAGAUUCUAAAGAUGCUUCUAGUGAUCUUGUGCUGGAAUUGCAGAAUGCUGUUGCAGACAAGUCUCGUCAGCUUAGUGAAACAGAAAUCAUGCUGAAAGCUCUAUCAGAACAGGUUGCAAAGCUUGAGAGGGAGCUGGAAGGAAGUCAGAAGCUUCUGGAUGAAUCUCAGAUGAAUUGUGCUCAUUUAGAGAAUUGUCUCCAUGAAGCAAGAGAGGAAGCCCAAACAAAUCUUUGUGCUGCUGAUAGGAGAGCCUCAGAAUAUAGUGCACUGCGUGCCUCUGCUGUAAAGAUGCGUAGCCUUUUUGAAAGAUUAAGGACCUGUGUUUUGUCUGGUGGAGUGGCCGGGUUUGUUGAGUCACUGCGUGCUCUAGCUCACUCUUUGGCCAAUUCUGUUAGUGAUGCUGAAGACGAUGGCACUGCUGAAUUUAGAGAAUGUAUCCGGGUACUUGCUGAUAAAGUAGGUGUCUUGUCUAGGCAUCGGGCAGAGCUGCUUGAGAGAUAUUCAAAGGCUGAAUCUACAAAAGAGCAAAUGAAAAAGGAGUUGGAAGAAAAAAAAGAGUUGGUCAACACAUUGUACUUGAAGCAUCAACAUGAGAAGCAGGCAAACAAGGAGAAGAUAUCUUUUGGCCGCCUGGAAGUCCACGAGAUUGCUGCAUUUGUCCUCAACUCUGCUGGGCAUUACGAGGCAAUAAGUCGGAAUUGCUCCAACUACUACCUGUCUUCAGAAUCCGUGGCCUUGUUUUUGGACCAUCUCCCGAACCGCCCUAGCUAUAUCAUUGGUCAGAUAGUGCAUAUUGAACGGCAGACUGUAAGACUACCACAACCUUCCUCGGUUCAAGCAGACCCUAAUAGAGAUCAAAUAGAUACGGGAACCAGUCGGUUGACCUUGAAUUCAGGAUCAACUUUCAACCCAUACGGUCUCCCCAUUGGCUGUGAAUACUUCAUAGUGACAGUAGCCAUGUUACCUGAUACCGCCAUUCACUUGCAGCCUCCUUCCUGAUCUUGCGAAAAUGAAGAUGGACAUGAUGGAAGAAACCAAAUUGUACAUACAUAUAAAACUCGAAACCUUUAACUAAUAGCUAAAUCCUCAUGCUGCUUUCCUCCUGGAGUUGAUUUGCCCUUAUGUACAGCUGAUGAUUGAUUUGGUUUAAUCUCCUCUUUGUAUAUAAAGCCAGCCAUUCUCUUGACUUGUCAUACAAUGUGAAUAUUUAUCCCCUGGUAGGCUAUGCAUGUAACAUAAGACUUUUCGUUUCA